AUGUUGCUGGGGCUUAUAGCAUCAAUUUCACUCCAAACUCUCCAAAACAAAUCUAUUCUGCCUAUUGAUGGAGUUCAACACUAUGAUAUAAAACCUGAAGCAAUCCUCAAGCUGACAAAAGUUGCACACCUUGCUUUAAAACAAAAUUUACCAGAACAGGGUACUUACAUAGUAAUACCCGCAGCAAGUCACCACCUCAACGUCCCGCGAGUAAGCAGCAGCAGCAGCAGCAGCAGCAGCAGCAGCAGCCCUCUCGAGGGGCCUCCUUGGGGGACGCCAAGGACGCCUUGGGGGAGCCUGGCGUCCUCCUUGUUGGACGCCAGGCUCAGCCUGCGGGCGCCCCCAACCAAAAGGCCGCGCACACUCCCAGCCCUCCUUUUGCCUCCUCCCUGGCCUGCUCACAGCCCUGGGCGAAACGCAGCCCAGCGGCCGCACCUCUUAGGCAAGGCCGGCCCCUCGAAUCAGGCGCGAACAACUGAUCUACCACCAACUCCCAGUACCUGCUGUUGCGGCCGGCUAAAGAGCCGGCCUACACGGUCCCAAAAUCCUUCUUGGGCCCAAGGCGCGCACAGGCGCCUCUCCCUCUACGCAAGGCGAAGCCGGGUGCGAAAAGCUACAGCGCGCAAGCGCGGUUCAGCCAGCCAUUUGGCGCAGCUUCCGGUCCGCCUGGCGGGAAGUAUAACCGGCGGAGAUCCAUCACUUUGCUCAGCGAGCCACUGAACGAGAGGAGGUUGCAGCUUUUUUCUUGGUGUUUGCGCACCUUCGACGGGGUAACUAAAGCCAGCCCACGGAGAGGAAUUCACAAGAAAAAAAAAAAAGAGAGAGAGGCAGAUGGGCCAUGAGCAUUCUUAAAUAACGGUGAAUUAAAAAAGGAAAUCCAAAAAGCGGAUUCUUUUUGGAUACCCUUGGUGCAGCUCAGAACAUUGAACAUGCACAUUUCCUAAAAUGAUCCUUCUGCAACUUGAUCCAACAGAUCUUGGAAAGCGGUAGCAGCUGACUUAAUUGGGAAGUGCGCAUCAUUUGUGGAAACCAGUAAAAGUUCUCUUCAGGAGAUCUGACAUAGAACUUUAUUUCAUGUGAUUAUUUUUUUUUUUUUGCAGGUUCCAUGGGAAACGAUGGAUUGCAUCUUUUUGUACAGAAUGAACCCUAAAUUCAGUACCAUCAAAAAUGUACCAUCAUUUUUAUGUAGGCUCCACCAGAAGCCAUCUCUUGGCACAAAUAAUAUCAUACUAUAUCAAAAACAAAGAAACGUGGGAUUUUUAUUUUAUGGCAUUAGUAGUACAUUUCCAACAUUGACUCUUGGGAUAAAUCUUAAAAUAAUCCACGAACUAAUAAAAGCAUUGGAUGUGAAACCAA